UCAGACAUAUAUAUAUAGCCUGGGCUGCCGGCGCAGCGCUCAUCACACAGGUUUGGGUGAAGUUGGUAUGCGUGUUCCAGGACGGGUCGAUGGAGAACACGGCAAGCGGACCACAGAUGUUGCUUUAAAGGAACGUGGACUAUACCAGCAGGAGAAAAUGAGUUUGGCAGAACCUGCCCAGUACAGCCAUCACUCCCCCUUAGACCUAUCCUCCUGCAGCAAAGGCAUCCUAACUGAUUCCUCUCACAGCACUAGGACUUGCCCUGCCAAGCGAACAUUGACUUCCAAAGAAGUCUAUUCGGCCAAUGUUUGGAAAAGCAGCAAUUCAAAGGAACUCAAGAAGGCCGUUGACUUGGAGGGGAAGGAUGGCGCCGGUCACGAGAGUGAGAAUUCCGCCCAGAGCAUGAACGAUUCUUCCGAGAUGCAAAUGAAAAUGGAUUUCUUCCGUAAGUUGGGUUACACUUUGGAGCAGAUCCACUUGGUGUUUCAGAAGGUGGACAGCAGCGCAGAUACCAACACCAUACUAGGGGAGCUGGUGAAGGCAGAAGGUCCAGUAGAGAAGGACGUGGGGGCAGAGGAGAUUCCUGUGCCUGCCCUGGUAUCUCGAGGUGGUUCCUCACUCAAAACUCCAAGCAAUGGGCCCACGAGGGAAGAGGCACAAGAGCAGGAAGCCAACUUGCGGACGAUUGUCAUAGAUGGCAGCAAUGUUGCUAUGAGCCAUGGGAAUAAAGAAGUCUUUUCUUGCCUUGGAAUUCAACUGGCGGUGAAUUGGUUCCUUGAGAGAGGUCACACAGACAUCACGGUCUUUGUCCCAUCUUGGAGGAAGGAGCAAUCGAGGGCUGACGUGCCGAUCACAGAUCAGCAUUACCUUCGAGAGCUCGAGAAGAAAAAAAUACUGGUCUUCACCCCGUCGCGGCGGGUUGCUGGGAAGAGGAUUGUCUGUUACGAUGACCGCUUCAUUGUCAAACUGUCGUACGAAGCGGACGGCGUCAUCGUCUCCAAUGACACUUACCGGGACCUGCAGACCGAAAAUCCCGAAUGGAAGAAGUUCAUCGAAGAGCGUUUGCUGAUGUACUCAUUUGUGAAUGACAAGUUUAUGCCUCCGGAUGAUCCCCUUGGGCGGCAUGGACCCAGUCUCGAUAACUAUCUCCGAAUAAAACCUGUCAUCCCAGAGCAUAAACGUCAACAUUGUCCCUAUGGUAAAAAGUGCACAUAUGGAAUCAAGUGUAAGUUUUACCACCCGGAGCGUGUGAACCAGCCACAGCGUUCGGUGGCAGAUGAGCUCCGAGCUACUGCCAGGGCUUCUCCAACCAAAAACAUCAACGCUGGGAGCAGGGAGGAUAAAAAGGCCAAUGUGCCAAAGAGGUUGCCCUAUUCUGACAGUGGAGCAUUUAACCAGAGGGAGAUUGACUCAUCACAGAAACAUAGUUCGGACUGGCAAUACCCAAAGCAGAAUGAUGUCGCUGGAGACCCCAGUGGGCCGUUGAAAGGAACUGCGCUAACCAAGGAUGCACCCAUCAACAUGAGCUCAGAGUGGUUUCAGCGCAUGGCGUUUGACCACAGCAUCAAUAGCUCAACCUGCUCCAGCUUACAUAAAAGUUACGAUGAAGGCUUUGCCUCUUUUGAGAAAGAAUUCCCUGAAAUGUGGCCUUCUAGACCCCAUAGUCACAAUGAACCAUAUCCUAUCAGCAAUGAACAAUAUUAUUUACCCAGAAACAGUUUAGACCAUCAUCAGUAUAGCUACCAUUCUCAUGAGUCAAUGCCUUCGUUGGGCCACUAUAGUUAUCCUACACAACACUCUACCACUGUCUCUGGGCGCAGUAUGCCUCAGGGCAGAAUAGCAGUCCAGCCACACUUCAGUCUGUCUAACGAGUACAAUUCACUGGCUUCCACACAAUCUCAUGGUUGCUGGCCCGACUCACACCUCCCCUCAACCAACAGCAGGUCACAGAGCCUCCCUGACCCUUGGUCCAUGAACAGAGGGGACCGACAAGCUGCCGAGCCGUACUGGCCAAGCGGCCAGUGGGCUGCUCGUGACCAAUGCGAGGAGGAGCGGGAGAGUGUGCGCAUGAAGUUGUGUGCCAUCUUCCAACCCCACCUGGUAGAUACUGUCAUGAAGCAACACCCACAGCUUCUCGAUCCCCAGGAGCUGGCUGCUAGCAUUCUGAUGUAUAAAAACCGAAGACCCUAGUGCUUCAUGUGAAAAAUGUAGCAAAACGUUUCAGUGUCAGUUCAGUUUAUUGUCACGUAUACCGAGGUACAGUGAAAAGCUUUUGUUGCGUGCUAAGCAGUCAGUAGAAGGACAAUACAUGAUUACGAAACGUAUGAAUCAACCCAAGUUGUGAUUAAUGCAAUUAGUAAUGCAAGUCCAAUAGAUUCCCUGCUUGUGUUCACAUGUUUAUGAUUGUAUAAAUUCCUGAAAUGGAGUAAUUUUAAAACUGGUUUUAUUAGUUUCGUUUGGUUUAGCGAAAUAGGCCCUUAGGCCCAAGGAG